GCGGAUAAACCCCUCCAAGCCCCCGUUCGGGAAACCUUGCGCACACAGCUUUUGCUUGUUUUUUGCGACAGCGCCCCCCAAGCUUCAAGUUUGCUCCGACAACUACACGCCUGAAAAACACCUACCCAAGAGAUUCCCCGUGAGCUUCACCAAUUGCCCACCAUGUCGGAGACCAAGGAAGUCGACUACUCCCUCAACAACCCCGAUACUCUCACCAAGUACAAGACCGCCGCCCAGAUCUCCGAAAAGGUCCUGGCUGCCGUGUCUGACCUCUGCGUGCCCGGUGCCAAGAUUGUCGACAUCUGCCAGCAGGGCGACAAGCUGAUCGAGGAGGAGCUCGCCAAGGUCUACCGCGGAAAGAAGAUCACCAAAGGCUUCUCUCACCCGACCACCGUCUCCCCCUCUUCCUAUGUGACCCCUUACACGCCUCUCACGACCGAUGAGAGCGAAGCCUCAAUCGAGAUCAAGGAGGGAGAACCCAUCAAGAUCCAGCUUGGAGCUCAGAUUGAUGGAUUCGGCUCCAUUGUCUGCAACACCAUCGUCGCUACCGAGAAGGACAAGGCUGCCGAGCCUGUGACCGGACGCACCGCUGAUCUGAUCCUCGCCAACCACUACGUCAACGAGGUCCUCCUGCGACUGAUGGUCCCUCCCGGACUCCUUGCCCAGGGUACCGACGAAGAAAAGGCCAAGGCUGCUGCGCAAAAGGCGCCUACCCAGUCCAAGAUCACCAGCCUGUUGGAGAAGGUCUGCGAUGCCUACGAGUGCAAGCUGGUUGAGAGCACCACCUCCUGGCUGUUUGGCCGCAACGAGAUCGAAGGCGCCAAGAAGAUCGUUCUGGCCCCCGCCGAGGGCACCAAGGGCGAGGGCGUUCCGGAGGUUGGCGAGGUCUGGGGUGUCGAGACGGGCGUCAGCCUGGGCUCCGGAAAGGUCAAGACCUUGGACCAGCGCGCCACUCUCCACCGCCGAACCAACCAGACUUACCAGCUGAAGCGUCCCACCUCCCGCAAGAUCCUCUCCGAAGUGCAGAAGAAGUUUGGCACUUUCCCCUUCAGCUUGAGGCAGCUCGAGGACGAGCGUGAUGCCAAGUCUGGCGUUGUCGAGUGCGUCCGAAACAACGUCUUCCGCCAGUACGAGCUUGUCGGCGACAAGGACAACGCCCCCGUCGCUAGACUCCUCACCACCCUUGCCAUCACCAAGAACGGCAUCACCAAGCUGGGCGCCGCCCCCGAGCUUGACCUCAGCAAGUUCCAGACUGACAAGAAGAUCACCGACGAGGAGAUUCUCAAGAUCCUCGAACAGCCCCUGGCCAGAAAUACCGGAAAGAAGAAGAGCAAGCCCAAGAAGAAGACGGCCAAGGCUGACGGCGCUGCCGAGGAGGGAGCCGACGCCGAGGAGUAAGGCUUUCGAAAGAC